AUGUCUAUCCGUUCGCUACUCAGCUUUGGCUUGUUGGCUGCACCUCUGGUGUCUGCCCUGCCUGCUGCUGAUUACAAGUCAACUUCUUGCAGCACCAGCACUUCCCACACUACAGCUACUGGAAAGAAGGGUCUGAAUACUUAUGCCAAAAAGGCUGGCAAGCUCUACUUUGGCACAGCAGCAGAUGUCCCUGGAACCAAUGAGACCACCGACAAGUACUACCGUGCCGAGCUCGCCAACAACGCAGAUUGGGGAUCAGUCACUCCCGCCAACGCCAUGAAGUGGGUCUUUACCGAGCCUGAACAAGGCGUCUUCAACUACACCGAAGCAGAACUCUUCCUCGCCGCCGCAAACCCCGACGGCAAGAGAAAAGUCCGCUGCCACAACCUGAACUGGUACAACCAACUCCCCAACUGGGUCACUUCAGGCACCUGGACAAACGAGACUUUAACCGCUGUGCUGAUCAACCACGUCACCCACCUCGUCGAGUACUUCGGCGACCGCUGCUACGCCUGGGAUGUCGUAAACGAAGCCCUCAGCGACAGCGGCACGGGCAACCUCGCCGACAACAGCACCUGGAGAUCGGACAUCUGGUACAACACCAUCGGCCCCAACUACGUCGCCGUCGCCUUCAAAGCCGCCGAAGCCGCCGUCAAAGCCAACAAACUGAAGGUCAAGCUUUACUACAAUGAUUACAACAUCGAAAGCGCUGGCAACAAGGCCACUGCCGCUCAAGCUCUAGUCAAGAGCCUCAAGGAUGCUGGAAUCCAAAUUGAUGGCGCUGGUCUGCAGUCUCACUUUAUCGUCGGAAGUACUCCUUCCAGAGCUGCUCAAACUGCAAACAUGAAUGCAUUCGCUGCUCUGGGUGUCGAUGUCGCCAUCACAGAAUUAGAUAUCCGCACUACCGUUCCUGCAACCGCUGCCGCUCAACAACAACAAGUUGUCGACUACGCCAGCUCUGUAGGCGCUUGCGCAGACGUUAAUGCUUGUGUAGGCGUCACAGCCUGGGACUUUGACGAUGCUUACAGUUGGAUCCCAUCCACUUUCCCUGGCCAAGGCUAUGGAGAUCUUUUCUUCCAGCCUGGUGGUUAUGGUACUCCUCUGGUCCGCAAGGCUGCUUAUGAUGGUUGUAUCCAGGGUCUCACCAGCUAG